AUGCAGCCCAGGGAUCCCGGUCCUUCCUCCGAGCGUCUCUCCCUCACAGGCGCUCUCGCCCCCGCCCCCGAAAGCCGCCUCAACUUUUCUCACCGCCUCGGGCGGCGGCGCGACCCUGCCCGCGCCCCCCGCCAUCCCCCGCGCCCACCUCGGCGUCCCCGCCCCGCGUCCCGGCUGCCCCUCAGCUCCCUCCGAACCGGCAGCGGCGCUGCUGGCUCACCUCCCGGCUCCCCGCACGGCUCUCCCGCCCACAGCGCCUCAACCCACCUUCCCCUGACCUACACCUCACCAGCGGGGCCGUGUCUGGGCUGGGAAGGGCGCGGGGGGGGGGGGGGGGGGGGGAAGCGCAUCCUGCGCGGGGCUGAGGGGAAUGUGUGCGCGUUUACCCGUACGCGUGUGUAUCUGUACGUGUGUGCCACUGUCGGGACUGGGCGGUGCGGGGUCGGAGGGAGGUAUUUCAGCGCAGGGAGCGGGGGGACGCCAACACCGCCGUCUCCAUCCCCUCACGCCGCCGGAGCGGCGGGACCUGCGCUCCCUCCGGCCGGGACGCUCAUUGGGCGGGCGAGCGGGGCGGGCGGCGCUCCCGCGCGAGGGGGGCGGGAGCGGCGCUGUGUCUCGAGCCCCGCUUUGCCCCCGCCGGAGCCCGCCGCUCGUGCCGGCCUGAGGGGACGCGGCCCGCGGUCCCCGUCGUUUGUUCCCCGUCCCCAUCCCCGUCGCGGCGGGGCGCUCCGCCGCCGCGUCCCCGCGCUAACAGCGCCCCCUGUGCCCGCGCGGCGGUGCCGCGGGCGGGGACACGCCGGGCCCGCCCGGACAGGCCGGGCCGCCGCCGCCUCAUCCCGGGCGCGCCCCGCGGCGGCCGCGCUUCCCCUGCGCCGGAGGGCGAGGAGCAGGAAUGUGGUGACAGAGCCAAGGGAGCCCCGAGGUGCGAGUGAACCCCGUCCCUGCGCGCGGGGCUGUGCGGUGCGGAUGUGCCCCGCGCAGGGGAGCGAGGGCUGCAGGUUGGCACAGCCGAAGUUGGAGCUGCAGAGCACAAAUAACUUCUGCAAGACUCCUGGAGAGACACUGACAAUUGCAUGGAGGCGACGUAGAGUGCAGCCUGCAGCAGCUGCAGAGAGCCAGCCGGUCACUCAUGAGCACCCAAGCUGUCCUGCUUGGUGCUCAUUUGCCAAUUGUGUCUCUUGUUCAGGGGCAGAGCCAGAGAUGGAUGACUGCCUAGAGGCACUGAAAGAUGAAGAGGAGGCUUUGUGGGAGAACGUGGAGUGCAACCGGCACAUGCUGAGCCGCUACAUCAACCCAGCCAAACUGACCCCCUACUUACGGCAGUGCAAAGUCAUCGAUGAGCAGGAUGAGGAUGAGGUGCUCAACUCACUCAUGCUGCCCUCCAAAAUUAACAGAGCAGGCCGACUGCUGGACAUCCUCCACACUAAGGGCCAGAGGGGCUACGUGGUGUUCUUGGAGAGCCUGGAGUUUUACUACCCUGAACUCUACAAACUGGUGACAGGGAAAGAACCUACACGGAGAUUUUCUACUAUUGUUGUGGAGGAGGGUCAUGAGGGCCUUACCCAUUUCCUAAUGAAUGAGAUCAUCAAGCUCCAGCAGCAAGUGAAGACAAAAGAUGUGCAGCGCUGUGAGCUCCUGGCCAAGUCCCGCCAGCUGGAGGAUGAGAGAAAGCAGCUAAAGCUGAACAAGAUAGAGCUGCUGACCUUCCAGGAGAGAUACAACAAGAUGAAGGAGGAGAGGAAUAACUACAAUGAUGAGCUGGUCAAGGUGAAAGAUGAGAACUACAAUCUGGCCAUGAGAUAUGCCCAGCUGAGUGACGAGAAGAGCAUGGCUGUGAUAAGGAGCCGGGACCUGCAGCUGGAGAUUGACCAGCUAAAGCAUCGCUUGAACAAGGUGGAAGAGGAGUGCAAGCUGGAGAGGAACCAGUCUUUGAAGCUGAAAAAUGAUAUUGAAAACCGACCCAAAAAGGAACAGGUUCUGGAGCUGGAGCGGGAAAAUGAGAUGAUGAAGACAAAAAUCCAGGAGUUACAGUCCAUCAUUCAGGCUGACAAGCGGGGCUUGCCAGAUUCAGACAAAGCCAUUUUGGAUAUUCUGGAACAUGACCGUAAGGAGGCACUGGAAGAUCGUCAUGAGUUGGUCAACAAGAUCUUUAAUCUCCAAGAGGAGAUUCGUCAUGUGGAGGACUUGAGAGACAAGUAUCUUGAGGAGAAAGAAGAUUUGGAGCUAAAGUGCUCAACACUAGGAAAAGACUGUGAGAUGUACAAGCACCGCAUGAACACUGUGAUGAUACAGCUGGAAGAGGUGGAAAAGGAGCGGGACCAGGCGUUCCGCUCGCGUGACGAGGCUCAGACCCAGUACUCCCACUGCCUGAUUGAGAAGGAUAAAUACAGAAAGCAGAUCCGGGAGCUGGAGGAGAGGAACGACGAGCUCAGGAUUGAGGUGGUGCGGAAGGAAGCGUGCAUCGUCAACCUGGAGUGCAAACUCCGGCGCCUCUCCAAGGACAGCAACUUCCUCGACCAGAGUUUGCCACGGAAUCUUCCCAUUACCGUUAUCUCCCAGGCCUUUGGGACUUCUGGCCCCAAAGCCAACGGUCAGGAAGCCGAUGACUCCUCCACUUCUGAGGACUCUCCGGAAGACAACAAAUUCUUCUUGCCUGAUCAAGUUCGUCUCAAGAGGAGACUGAACCUAAAGGGGAUCCAGAUAAGUCCAAGAGCUAAAUCCCCUGUCAGCAUGAACAAAACAUCAGAGUUUCAAGCAGUCAGAGCACAGGAUGAAGACGGGGCCGAGGGCAGCACUGGCCGCACGGACACGAGCUCCUCUGUGUCCAUCAGCAACUCCAUCAGCAGCUGUGAAGUCACCAAGAUUCAAACCCUGCGAAAUCGCAAUGACAGCAUCAUGUCGACCACGCCUGAGCCUCCCGGGAACGAUUCCAUCGUGCGGCGCUGCAAGGAGGACACCCCUCACUGCAGCCUGGUUGAAGAGGACAAUGACAGCUUUGGAUGUGAUGCUUUGGAGCUGGAUGAUGACAGUCACGACAGGCAUUCACAUGGAGCUCCUUCAGUGCACUCUUCCUCCUCUUCUCAUCAGUCAGAAGGCCUGGAUGCCUAUGAGCUUGAGCAUGUCAACUCCAUAUUUAGAAAGUUCUCUCUGGAAAGACCUUUCCGUCCCUCUGUCACGUCUGUGGGCCGCGUCAGGAGCUCGUGUCACACGAUCCAGCGCGUGACGCUCAACGGGGACAGCCUCAACUCAGAGAUCACCCUGCUUGGGGGCAAUGACAAAGGCAGCUUCGUCAGCUCUGUCAAGACAGGCUCCCCUGCAGAGAAAGCUGGCCUUCGGGUGGGGCACCAGAUCCUGCUGUUGGAGGGUUGCAUUAAAGGGGAAAAUCAAAGUGUUCCUCUGGAUACUUGCACAAAGGAAGAAGUUCACUGGACAAUUCAGAGGUGCAGUGGUCCAGUAACACUCCAGUAUAAAUCAAAUCAUGAAGGGUACCGCAAGCUGCUGUCAGAGCUGGAGGAGGGGCUCAUCACCUCGGGGGACUCAUUUCACAUCCGCCUGAACCUGAACAUCUCCAGCCAGCUGGACUGCUGCUCCCUGUCAGUGAAAUGUGAUGAGAUUGUCCACAUUCUCGACACCAUGUACCAGGGCAGGUGUGAGUGGCUGUGUGCCAGGGUGGAUCCCUUCACUGACAGGGACCUGGAGAUGGGGACCAUUCCCAGCUACAGCAGAGCCCAGCAACUCCUUUUGGUGAAGCUGCAGAGGUUGAUGCACAGAGGAAGCAAAGAUGAGACAGAAAACUCCUACAACACCCUUCGGGCACUGCGGAAUACGUUGCAGCCAGAAGAGCCUGCCCUGCAGAAUGACCCAAAAACCAGUCCUCGCCUAUCCAGAGCAAGCUUUCUUUUGGGCCAGAUUUUACAGUUUGUCAGUAGGUCUGAGAACAAAUACAAACGAAUGAACAGCAACGAGCGGGUCCGCAUUGUCACGGGCUGGCCCUCGGGCCUGGCACUCAGCUCAUCUGAGGGGAAGAAGCAGCUGCCUGAUAAACUGGAAGAUUUGGAUUCCGAGAGUGAGCUCGAUAAGAAGCUCAGCCUGAUCCCUUAUAGCUUGGUGAGACCCAUCCACUGCGAGCGCAGGCGCCCCGUGCUGUUCACCCCCACCAUGCUGGCCAAGCCCUUGGUGCAGAAGCUUCUCAACUCUGGAGGUGCCCUGGAAUUCAACAUAUGCAAGCCAGAUAUUGUAACAAAGGAAGAGUUCUUAAAGAAGCAAAGGACAGAGACUGUCAUCUUCAGCAGAGAAAGGAAUAUGAACACAUACGAGUGUAUUGUACCUGCCAACAUCGAGGCUGUUGCUGCCAAGAACAAGCAUUGUCUCCUGGAAGCUGGAAUAAGCUGCACGAAGGAUUUAAUCAAAGCCAAGAUAUAUCCUAUUGUUCUCUUUAUAAGAGUCUCAGAGAAAAACAUCAAGAGGUUCAGGAAACUGCUGCCGAAGCCAGAGGCCGAGGAUGAGUUUUUACGGAUGUGCCGCCUGAAGGAGAAAGAACUGGAAGCUCUGCCUUGCCUUUAUGCUUCUGUGGAGGCAGAGGCAUGGAGCAGCAUUGAGGAUCUUAUCCGCACAAUAAAAGACAGGAUUGGGGAAGAGCAGAGGAAAACCAUCUGGAUAGAUGAAGAUCAGCUAUAA